AUGGUCAUCCCUCGAUCCCCAUCGCCAAGCCCAGGGCCGAAGCGGGAAGUCGCUCGAAUGUCGCGGGCUGAACUAGAACGGUUAGCUGGAGAGCGACUCGUCCAGUUGCAGGGAGAUGAUAAUAUUAAGGAAGAGCGCAAGCCUACUUUGAAAAGGGAAUUCAAAGAAGUCAUCGACUUGAGCGACAAGGUUAAGCGGCCCGUAAAGUUAUCUCGAAUCGCGCUGAAGAUACCAGAGGAAGUUAUUGAUCUGACGGAUGAUUAA